CAAAAAAGAAACAAAACAGAAACUACAGAAAUUUGGGGGAAAAAUCGAGAAUUUAAUUGUACCCAGAAUCCACGUAUCUGUACAACACGCAGAAGUAGUUGUACCUUUUCCAAUCCCAAUCAAAUAUAUAAACCCUAAUUGACAGCAACGCAAAAUCAUUAGCCAGUAUACGAAUUGCUGAUACGGAAGAACCCCACUCCAAUUGAUUCUCUUACAGUCUCAUGCCCUCCGUCACCGGCACCGCCUCUUCCUCCGCCGCCGCCGCCGCCGCCUUCAGCCGCCAAAACCAACAUUCCGUCGCCACCCACUCCGUGAAACCCGAAUUCAGUCCCCUCACCAUGCACACACCCGGCACGCUCGACCCGUCAUCCGCCUCCUCCUCCGCCUCCGGCCCAAUCCUCAUCGACGGUUCCGAACACGACGCCGCCCUUUCAAAAUCGGAGUUUCUGACCCGACCCGAAGUCAUCAACCGCCGCGCCCGCAGAGUCAAGCAGCUCGCCCGAAUUUACCGGGACCACUACUGGACGCUGAUGGAGGAGCUUAAGUAUAAGUACAGGAAGUAUUAUUGGGAUUAUGGAAAAAGCCCCUUUGUGGAAGAUGAGGAGGGUGAGAGGAUCAAUCCGAACCGCGGGGAACCCGCUGCUGCGGCGGCCGCAGAGAAUGUUGGUAAUGGAAAUUUGGGGGCGAAUGGGGGCAGUUGUAGUAGUAUUGCUUUGAUUAGAUGUGGGGUCCAUGGUUGCAAGGCGAAGGCUAUGGCGUUAACGAGGUUUUGCCUUAUGCAUAUACUGUCUGAUUCCAAGCAAAAGCUUUACAAAGCUUGCAGUUUCUCCAUAAAGAGUUCAACUACAGGACCUAUACUGUGUGGAAAACCGAUACUGAGGUCAACCGUUCCUUCUUAUUGCCAUAGCCAUUUCCAAAAAGCCGAAAAGCAUAUGGCCCGUGCUCUCAAGAAGGCUGGUCUAAGCGCCACUUCGACAAAUAAGCACGCUCCUAAAUUCCAUGUCAUCGUUACAGAGUACGUUCGGCAGAUCCAGCAAAAGAGACGAGCUGCACAAAGGGCAAAUCUGGAAAACGCCGAAAAUAAGGAGGAAAACCGUUCUUGAUAACAUGCUCCUCUUUGCUCGUUGCAAAUAUGAAAUAUGCAGUAGGUUUAUAACAUUCUUUUAUUCCUUGAGCCAAAAAAAUCGGAGAAGCUGCAAUAUUUCCGAGCAAGAGAUGAACUUACUAGAGACUUAGAUAAGCUAAAAAAAAAAGUAGAUAUUCGUCGAAUAACUCAAUCUUGACAAUGAGGCUUUUAGCGUUUGGUAGAUGAAAAUAUUUGUACACAUUAGAGUUUGCCAUUUUGCUGCUUUGGUUUUAUCUCUGAAUUCUUUCGUUCGACUCUGUAGUUCGAUUGUCUGAGAAAAAUCUUGCCCAUGUUCAAUAUAGACAGCUUGAU